AGCCCGGCGUUCCUGCGUUUACAGUCCGGCAGCCGGAGGACGCCAUGGCCGUCCUGAGGGACCGAUCCAGAGAGAUACAGUGUCCUCUCUGGGUGUGUCCCGACCUGGACCAAUACCCCACAGACUCUGGACCUUUACAGCUGGGCCUGGCUGGACAGCACCAGCGGUCCAACGCCUCCCUGGCGCUGCAGCUGAGCCACACCUGGCUGCAGAGGAGAUGUGGACCAGAUCAAAGCUGCUCUCCUCUCCUGGAUCCAGAGAACAGCUCUAUAGCCCAGGCAGCGUCUUUCAAACCCAGCCCUGUCAUGGUGAAAGGCCUGGCGAGCACAGAGUGGGCCGGCAGGACGCAGACUCUCAGACACGGAGCGCUGACCUACUUCCUGGACGGGGCUCACACCAGGCGCAGCAUGCAAGCCUGCGUCCAGUGGUUCAGAGAGACCGCCGCCCAACACGAGAGGAAUGCCAGGUGAGCAGGGCGGGACCAAAGCUC